AUUUAUAUACAUAUAUAUUUAGAGAGAGAGAGAGAUAUUUACAUUUGUAAGUGUGUGCGUGUGUGUGUGUGUGUGCGCGCACACACAUCCAUACAUCUGCCGCGUAAAUGUAUCCACCAUUUCCAUAUUUGCUUUUUAACGGACGUAAAUGUUGUUCCCAAAACGUACAAAAUGUUUUUAGUGGAGAGCUUGGCGCGCGUUAGUGUUUGCGGUAUUUUAUGGAAUAAUUUGGUUCUCAGUUGUUGCGUGACAGUUCAGAGCUCAAAGCCAGUUUUGGUGUGAUAUGCUGCCAAAAUUGUUUUAAAAAAUGUUCAAACGAAUGCGUCAUUUGUCGUGUCGGUGCCGUUCGCGAGUGUAACGGUAGGAAGAAUCGAGUCACUCGAUUAGUGAGCUAAAUUGGCAGGUUUCGGUAGCAAAGCUUAGUUAGCAUGUUAGCUAGCUACAGUAUGUGGGUUGCCUUCCCGGUUGUAUAACGAACACCUGUGGCACAUAUGCUUAUUGUUUUAUACACUCGAUUUCGAGCUGUGCAAUGCGGUGUAAAUCUGCCGUACUCUUUUUUUGAACGUGUCCACUGUAAAGAAUGGCUCAAUGAAAUAAAAGCUUAGCCAUGAGGAUUACUGUACAGUAGGUCAUGGCAGCGCUUCCCGAAGUGCAGCCACUCCAGGGUCAAGAUGGUUGCUGUAAAACUUCCAGUCAUUCAUCGGCGGAGUUGAAAUCGUUGCUUGAAAAUUUUCAUUUGUUGCCAACGUGUACACAUAGGACAUCUGCACUAUUAUUGAAGUCAUGUUUUUACACGAGUUAUGGUCCUUGCUUAGUAGGAGUACAGUAGUAGCUGACAUGGUGUGAAUGACUGCAAAACGAGAGAUUUUAAUCGUGAAAGAAAUGUAUUUCUACCGGAAACAUUUCACCAUCCUCAGCUUUUAAAAUGCGAGGUGUGGCUCACACAAAAAGAUCUGUAAGCUCUCAGGAUAGCCUCUAAAACAACAGGCUCUGCCUCAAAGGGGCAUUCCAGUGACUGAAUUUUUCCUACAGGUUUGAUGGCCACUAUGGCUUUCCCGUGGUCUGGUGACCCCUGAUGACCCCCGGGCUCCGACUCCUAACCCUAUCCUUAAACCCGUGGAAAAACGGUUAUUAACUCACACCGUGCAUGAGCUGCUGUGGGGUGGACUUCCAAAUGCCUACCUCACGCCUAAAGAGCAAGUCACCACAACCACAGCCCUGAGCAGCAGCCACCAUGACAUCAAGCAUUGCGGAUGAUUGUAGCAUCUUUGAUGGGUUGAUGGAAGAAGAUGAAAAGGACAAAGCAAAACGCGUUUCCCGGAACAAGUCUGAGAAGAAACGGAGAGACCAGUUCAAUGUCCUCAUCAAGGAACUUGGCACCAUGUUGCCUGGCAACACCAGGAAGAUGGACAAGUCCACCAUCCUGCAGAAAAGUAUCGACUUCCUGUGUAAACACAAAGAAAUCGCUGCCCAGUCUGAGUCCAGUGAGAUCAGACAGGACUGGAAGCCGCCAUUUCUUAGCAAUGAGGAGUUCACCCAGCUCAUGUUGGAGGCACUGGAUGGCUUCUUCAUAGCAAUAAUGACUGAUGGGAAUAUCCUCUAUGUGUCAGAAAGUGUCACCUCAUUACUGGAACACCUUCCUGCUGACCUGGUGGACCAGAAUUUGUUAAACUUCCUGCCAGUUGGAGAGCACUCAGAUGUGUACAAAGCCUUGUCCACACACCCCAACGACCCAGAAACCCUCACGUCAGAUUAUUUAAAGAGUAAAAACUACAUGGAAUUUUGUUGUCAUAUGCUCCGAGGGUCAAUUGAUCCAAAAGAACCUCCUAUCUAUGAAUAUGUCAGCUUCAUUGGAAAUUUCAAGUCACUCAACAAUGUUCCUAACGUGACAAGAAAUGGUCUGGCGGGGGUUUUACAGCGCUCUCUUCAGCCAGCCUUUGAUGACCAAGUGUGCUUCGUAGCUACUGUACGGCUAACUAAACCUCAGUUUAUCAAGGAGAUGUGUACAGUGGAAGAGCCCAAUGAAGAAUUCACGUCUCGGCACAGUUUGGAAUGGAAAUUCCUUUUUCUAGACCACAGAGCUCCACCAAUUAUAGGCUAUUUACCAUUUGAGGUUCUGGGAACUUCAGGGUACGACUAUUAUCACGUGGACGACCUGGAGACCCUUGCUAAGUGCCACGAACACUUGAUGCAGUACGGUAAAGGGAAGUCUUGUUACUACCGUUUCCUGACGAAAGGUCAACAGUGGAUCUGGCUGCAGACGCACUACUACAUCACCUAUCACCAAUGGAACUCUCGGCCUGAGUUUAUUGUCUGCACACACACGGUAGUCAGCUAUGCAGAAGUGAGGGCAGAGCAGCGAAGGGAGCUGGGCAUUGAAGAGUCCAAACCUGAGGUCACUAUGGAUAAGAGCCAGGACUCCGGUUCAGAGCUGAACACAUCCAGCCUCAAGGAGGCAUUAGAAAGGUUUGACCGCAGCCGAACACCCUCAACCUCUUCG